UGAGCCAUUGCCCGAAAACGCUAUUGUCUCCCGAGCCUAGGAAUGAAUGGCCCCAUGGCGAUUGACUUUUACCUUCCACGCAAUUACCAUAUCCACUCUGUCUUACUGUGGAACAUGGGUGAAUUUAUACAAUCUCUUGACUAGAUAAACUAUGCAGGAUAUUAAUGCAGCAGGGAGGGGGAUUUCCACGUGGAAUUUUGCAUCUGUUUCCAAUGUCUUAAGCCUGCUGUGGUCAUUUUGAGAAUAAUCGACCUUGACAACUCCCCGCCACAAUGGGUUGGGUGUAUAAUGCCUCAGAGGAGGUCGAGGCGGCGUCGCAGUACCCUUUGAUUCUGGGCGUCUGCGUGAGCUUGACAAUCUUGAUGAUUAUCACGGUCUGUCUUCGCUUGUAUGUGCGGGCACAGGCCAGUCGAUUGGGUGCUGCGGAUUGGGUGAUGGUUGUCAGUAUGACCUUCAGUAUCAUUUACAGUGCAUUGUGUAUUGCUCAAAGUCGAUAUGGACUCGGACUACCGUUGCUACUACGACCCAAACUUGAUCUCCCUACAUACACCAAACUCAACUAUGCAGGUCGCCCAUUCUACCAGCUUGGUAUCGCCGGAUUCAAAGCGUCUCUGUGCCUCAGUUACUUGCGUCUCAUUUCGGGCACCUCGAUGAACACCUACCGGAUUCUGAUAUGGACGGUUAUCGGGCUAUGCACAAUUGGCCAUAUAGCGGGCGCUCUGGUUCUAAUCUUCGACUGCUCACCGGUCAAACGAGGAUGGGAAACCAAAGUGGUCGGGACUUGUCUCCCCGUCGGGCCUACGUUCUACGGUCUUGCCAUCUUCACGAUCAUCUGUGAUGUCGUUAUCAUCUUCCUGCCAAUCCCACUGCUCCUUCGACUAAGCAUUAAACCCGCCCAAAAAGCCGGUGUCGUGUGCCUAUUUCUGCUUGGCCUGUUCACGACGAUCUGCUCCAUCCUUCGACUCACUCAGAUCCACCGGGUAGCCUUUGGCGACGGAAACUCUACUAUGCUGGUUCUCUGGGGAACUAUUGAAUUUAAUAUCGGAAAUAUCGUGACCUGUGUUCCCUAUCUUGCUCCACUUCUUCGAGGAUUUGUGCGUGACUUCCAGUCGACCAGUGGUCGGAAGUACUACAAUACUCAGGGACAAAGUUAUGCGAUGGGAACGUGGUCCAAGGACCAGCGCUCGCAUCUGCAGUCGAAUGCGUCCGGACCGCCCCCACCACGGCGCUCACCGAGUGAGGAACUGAUUCUGUCCAGCCGUGAGCCAUCGCAUGGUGGAAUUGAGAUGACGGUGGAGUACUCUGUAUCGUUGGAAAACGAGACGGAGAAGACUCCGAGGCAAUAGCGACACAAGCGUAUAUAGUUGGGCUAUCUACAACGCGGAAUGCCCGUCUACCAGUUAAAAUCGAUGUACUAAAUUGUGAUUUUCUUUCCUGCUUUCAUUUCAUU